AUGAGGGUGCAAUACGCAUUGAGUCGUAUCCGAAACAAUGCUAGGAAUCUCCUCACCCUUGAUGAAAAGGAUCCCCGCCGAAUCUUUGAAGGCGAGGCCCUUCUCCGUAGGAUGAAUAGGUAUGGCCUUUUGGAUGAAAGCCAAAACAAGCUCGAUUAUGUGCUGUCCCUCACUGUCGAGAACUUUCUUGAGCGCCGCCUUCAGACCCUUGUGUUCAAGGCUGGAAUGGCUAAGUCGAUUCAUCAUGCCCGUGUACUCAUCAGGCAGAGGCAUAUUAGGGUGGGAAGGCAGGUAGUAAAUGUGGCUUCCUUUCUGGUGAGGGUCGAUUCACAGAAGCAUAUAGACUUCUCGCUUACUAGUCCCUUUGGCGGUGGUCGUCCUGGUAGAGUCAAACGAAAGAACCAGAAAGCUGCCGCAAAGAAGGCUGGUGGAGGUGAUGAAGAAGAGGAUGAAGAAUAA